AUGCAAAUAUAGAACAUCGAUCUCUUUUCGAAACAAUUUUAAUUUAAUAUUGGAAAGAAUAAAUUGAGGAAAAGAACCAUUUUCGGAGGUAUUUUGUCUAUUUCUGUAUUAACCAUCAUCAUAGGCUAUUUUAUUUAUCUCCUAUAUCUGUAUUUAAAUAAUCUAAUUGACCCAACUUAUAGGUCUUAAAGCGUAAUCGUCAAUGAAAGAAUCGAUUUGGAUCUAAAUAAUGAUUUAUUUGCCUUUGAUUACUAAACAGAUGGUACCAGUUCUUUGAGAGAUUUAGAGGCAUAAACAAAUAAAACUUAUUUAGUAUUUUUACCAUUUUUUUAUAGCUCUGAUAUGAAGUUGAUUUAGCUCAAUAUAACUAAAUGUUCAAAUAGUGAGCUAUCUAACUAUAGAUGUAUAGAUUUUUCUACAAUUUCUAAAAAUAAUACUCUUACCUUGGGAUUAAAGGGUAACUUAAGAUCUAGCAUUAUAUUUUUAGGCUACAGGUGUUAGGAUGUAGAUGUUUACAAAACUACAAUCCCAGAUAAUUGCGCUGAUCCUAGUGAUAUUGAUAAUAUAAUUAAUAAUCUUUCAGCUGCUUUUUAAGAGGAGUUUAUUUUUACAACUUUCAAUAUAAUCAAUUAUGAUAGAAAGAUUAUUUUUGAAAAAACAGGAUUAACAUUAAUCAUGCAAAUUACUUUAUAGCUUGAUGAAAUUGUAGAAUUUACCCAAAUAUAAUUCCCAACAAUAACUUAAAUUUUUGCUUAAGGUAACACUGUUAUAACUGCAUUAAUGUGCUUUGGAAUUAUUGGUAGGUAUAUUUCAUAAAAAAUUUUAGAAUAAGAUAUAUUCAUGCUUAUUUUAUAAAAUAUUUUCUCAAACAACUAUCAAACAAUUUUAAAAACAAAUAAUAUUUGUAACUAAGAAGAAAAUCCAUUGAUUGAUUAACUAAUUCAAAUGAAAAAGGAAAUGUUGAAGGAAGAAGUUGAAAAUACAAAAUCUAUUGUUGUACCUACAUUUAAUACUAAGUUGAAAGAAUCAAUUAAUAUGCAGUAAAACUCAACUUUUUCAAGUGAAAUAUAUUAAAAUUAUUAGCAACAAGAUGAAGUAAAAGAAUAGCAGCUAGAAAACCAAUUAGUUCAGAAUAAUUCUCAUUCAGAAAAUUUGAAAAAAUCUGAAACAUAGCUCAUAUCUUUGAAUGAUGGACUUGAAAAAUUUUCUUUUGGUGAAAAAAAAUUACUAUUUUAUAAUAGUCCUACUUCAUAUAAACUUAGAAAUCCUUAAAAACUUACAGUAAAUUCCCCAAAUAAUAGUUCACAAAUCAACUAAACAAACAAUUUAACACUUAAUAGUUUUUAGGAAAAUAUAGUAAAUUAGCAAAAUUUGAUUUAAAUUUCAGUAGAUAAAGAAAAUAAAGAUAAUGAAGGAAAAUUGAAACUUAAAUUUAAAGAAAAAAUAGAGCAUUAUUCUAAAAAACUUAUUUAGUUAAAAGAUAAUAUCCUGUAAAGAAAGGCUUAGAAGAGUAUAUUUAAUUUUAGGUACUAUUUCACUAUUUGUAGCAGAUAAAAUAUACAUUAAAUCAAAGGAAUGAAGUCAUCAGAGAUCAAAGUAAUUGCAAAUUAAAUGCAUCAAAUGAUGGAUGUUUUAUAACUAUUUAGAGAUUUGAUAUAACUCAAGAAAGCUGUGAUGGUUUUAUUCAGUAAAGAAUAACUAGCUGCUUUAUAACUGGUAGGUUGUUCAGCUAACCUUUAAAAUACUGAAUAGAUGAAAUAAAACUCACCACAAUUGGAUUAAAAAAGAUAAAAUCAUUUUUAGAAGUAAUAUACAAUCGAAUAAUCAUAAGAUUUACAAGAAUUUUAUAUCUAAAAAUUCUUAAAAAGAUGCUCAAGCAAUUAAAAUUUAAGUAAGGUUGAUUUAAGAAUUUUAUCUUCAUUAAGUUAAAAUUGA